CGCUGAGUUCUGGCAAAUAUUCCAACGCACAUGAAGCGAGUGACGCGGCGGUAGAAGCGUUUGGUCUGCAGAAACGCCGGAAGAGGAAGCACAACCAGUACGAAGAACGGGGUCAGGAACCAGGCCACACCUGUCCAGCCCGUGACCACCAGCGAUGUCAGGAACACGAUACCCACGACGGCUACGCGCAUGGUCUCCGUUCUGUAGUCUGCCGCAGUUAUUAUGGUAUCGGUACACUGUACCAUAGGAAAUACCCUUCACACUUGAAGAUUCAUUUUGGAGAAGAAGAAAAAAAUGACGACGAGGGAGGAGGCGGAACGCGACGUGAAGCUCCUCGUGAGCUUCGUAGCCAUGGUAUUCGUCGGCCUCGGCAACAAGAGUGCGUGAUGUAUUGUAAUCUACAGCGGAGUGAUCUCGAUGUUACUACUUUGAACUCUUCAUACUGACGCAAUGUUGACCCAAUGCUCUCCACGUUUGAUGAUCAGUCUUCCAGAAACUGCAGACCAUCCCGAUGCACAACUAUCCAACGUUCCUCAACCUUCUCACCACAUUCGUCUACAUCCCCAUCAGUUUCGCAUACAUCCUGCCCAUGAUCAAAUACGGCAGCGCCAUUACAUGGGACCAACGUAGCAUCCCUAAGCGAAAGUUUGCCGUUAUGGGAGGAUUGGACUCGAUCGCCGGCAUCCUGCAAGUGUUUGCUGCCACCUACCUAGGCGGAUCGCUUAUCAUUUUACUGGGCCAAGCUGCGAUACCGAUCUCAAUGUUGAUAUCCAGUGUGCUUCUUAAAGCCAAGUAUUCGGGGUACCAGUAUGUGGGCGCAGUGGUUGUGACCAUGGGUCUGUUGAUUGUACUGGGUUCAGGCAACUCAAGCAGCAGCACGGGCACGAACCCGCACCUCAUCGUGCUAUGGUCUAUUGUCAUGAUCUUCAGCUGCGUCCCCAUGUGCUUGUCCAGCGUUUAUAAAGAGAAGACGCUUGGAGAGGCGGAGUUGGAUGCUGUGUAUCUGAACGGUUGGAUUGCUGUGUUCCAAUUCCUGUUUUCGAUUCCGCUGACGUUUCCCGCCGCAAUGGUUGGAGACCACCCAGUCACUCCCCGCGAGCUCCCGGAAAAUUUGUACGACGGCCUGAUGUGCUACUUGGGGCAGAAUACCAUCACUGAGGGUGCGCACAAAGAUGACUGCGAGAAGGCAACCAUCUACGUGACAGCUUAUCUUCUGUUUAACGUGGCCUAUAACCUGUUGAUCAUCCUGAUCCUCAAGUUCGGUAGCGCCAACAUCCUCUGGCUGGCCAUGACCAUUAUGGUUCCACUGGGCAACGUCGCGUUCACGUUUCCGUUCAUGCCGGAGCAUCAACCGCUCCACGCGAAGGAUAUCGCGGGCUUGCUCUUCAUCAUGAUGGGGCUUUUCGUGUACCGGUUUUUGGAGGAAUUGAUGGAGUCCUGGAACAAACGAAAGCCAAUCUACCCAGACGAAAAGGGUCCAGUAGCAGAUGAACUCAAGCGAGCGCUCAUCAGCAGUGACAGCGACAACAGCGACGAUCUGGACAGGGAAGUGUAACAAGUUGUAAGAAUGGAUUGUCUCCUGUGAGUUGAUAACAUGAACUGAAAUGUUUGGGCUACCCUGGGCAAGAUACAAAAGGAAUACAUGUACUGCGUAAGCCCCAAUUAAAGAAAGAAUAGGCAAGUUCAUACACUAAGUUUAAAGCGCUGCUGUCCAUAGUCACCUUCAGCACUUUGGUCACGGCAAUUUACGCA